AUGAAGGUAUUUUUGCCGAUCGUCAGCAAACGUAGGUGGAAAUUUUGGUUACAGUUUCAGAAAAAUUCAAAUGACCUAAUGGACACCGGCAUCAUCAAUGUGGACAUCAACUUUGGUGAACAGAAAGAUGAUGCAUUGAAGAAAUCACCAUACCACGAAUCAGACAGUGGGGUUAGUAUUAUGAGUAGUCCACAGCAUUCAAUAAUAUCUGACUUUGAAGAUGACAUUUCUUUCAAAGCUCUGUCCCCUCCGUGCUUUGAAAAUUUUGACAAUCUGUUGGACACCGAACUAUCUAAUUACUUAGCUAGUGAAACUGACAGUAAUGAUGCUACUGAUUUGGAAGUAGCAAGCAUUGUGUCUGUUUCACCAGUUAUUCCAAGUUAUUCAGCCGAAUAUGACCGUCAAGUGUCAAAUACCUCCCAGGAUUCAGAUAACGAUUGCCAGAAGCGAGUUCCUUCCAAAACAACUGUAGCAAAGCCAAAUCCAGUUAUCACCAGUGACACAAAAAAUAACAAGUUCUCUACUUUACCAGCUGUUAAAGUGAUCAAAGUAAUAACUGCGCCAAGGACAACAUCAAGGUUUCAGAUAGAUAAAGAGAUCAUUGAAGCCAUUGAUGAGAAAAACCAGAAAAAUGCGAAACAAGCCAAAAUGAAUCGUGAAAAGAAAAAGGCAUAUAUUAAGAAUCUAGAAGAUGAAGUUGGUUCAUUACAAUCUGAAAAUGCCAAUUUAAAUGACAAAAUGGGUAAGCUGGAGCAUCACAAAAAUGCUCUUGAGGAAGAAGUAGAAUAUCUUAAAAGUGUUCUAGCGAAUCAAAGUACAUUGUCAAACUUGCUCAAAAACAUUCCAAAUGCCAAUGUCAAACUAACAAGUUCUUUUAGGGAACGCAAAAGAAGUGCUGCACAUGACCAUGACUAUCAAGGGAAAUCUAAACAUUGCAAGAAAUCAAAAUCUGCAGGAGUUUGUCUUCAUGUUGAGAACGAAAAUGUGUCUUUGGAGUUUUGUGCAUCAUGUUCAAGGAAUGCACAAGGAAGUAGCAGUUGAAACCAAUUCAUUUGUUUAAAUGAGGAUGAGGCAAUUAUGUACAAAUGUACAUAUAUGUUUGUUAUGUCCAUCAACUGGGCAUAGACUAAUCCUAUUGGAAGGUCAACUGUGAAUACUGGUAAAGUACAAUGGUGCUAUAAAUGAUCACAGCACCGAGUUAAGGUUUUAACAAUUACAAAAAAAUGGUUUGAAUAUUUGUAAAAAGUGAACAUAUGUAUAUACAUGUAUACAAUGUAUCAUGAUCAUGUAUUAUAUAUUAACUUUAAAUAAUUCAUAAAAUAAUAUUGUAAACUGUUUUAGGCUUUUUGAAAAUAAUGUAAAGUUUUUGAAAGUCAGUAAAGAUAUGUAAAAUUACCAUCAUUGUCAUAGUCAACAUUGCCAUAUAAAUGCCUCAUAUAUAGAAGAAAAUAUACAUUUUGAAACUCUUCAGAUAAUGGACAGAUUUAAAGCCUAAAACUGUAUUUAGAUAUAUGUUGUAAAUUGAUUUAUGAAGAUUAUUCUAAUGACUAUUACAGUUCUUUUGACAGAUUGCUGAUACCAUUGAGAACCUGAAGGCUGAUAGGAUACCAAUUCUUCAGCUCUUUACCAUAUUUGUUGUGAAUCCUGUUGGUGAAAUGUUUGGAGCCAAGUGAAUGUAGAGAAAGAAAGAAAAGCGUUUCCGGGAAUUAAAAUCGGGUAGUAUCAAGAAGGUGAUAUACAGUUGUAGGCUGUGAAAAUGAAAAAUUGGG